AGCAUCUCUCAGUAGCAGUACACGCAGACGCAUAGGAGUCCAGACACACUGUUUGCAGGCGCGUGUGUUGCGUCCCUGCGCUACCUGCGUGCCUCCUUGGCAGUCGUGUGUUCGUCCAUCGCGGAUCGCGGAACUUUGACCAUCGAACAAGCCCAACUCCAGCAGCCAAACCGACGCAGUCCACCCUCUGCGCCGACUUCCCUGCGCGCAGCGAGAGUGAACUGAGCACGACACGCGCAGAGUAAUAUUCCGACCGACCCCGCCUGCCUCUCCGAGGGGCAUGUUGCAGAGGCCAACACGACUCCGGCCGUCCUGAGCGCGUUGCAGCACCGCGCGCGCAUUGCGAAAGCGCACCCAUCGUCACCAUGGCCGCCGCCAACGGCACCCUCACCCCGCCCUCGCUGCCCCCAGCACCAGAAUCACCGUCUCUCGCGAAGCGCAAGCACGCCCACACCGCAGUCGUACUUUCCAAUGGCGCAUCAGCGGCCACUCCGAAGAAGGCUGCCAAUGCAUCGACGCACACUCUGAGCGCAGUACUCCUGGACAUCUUGUAUGUCUUGAAGGGCUAUGACACACAGCCUUCGAUCCUGACACAUGUUGUUCCUACCACUGCGCCGCGCAGCUCCUCUGGCGAGGCCGACACCAAACGCGCCAAGCUGGCUGAGCCGACCAACUCUGCAACCAUCACCGAGCGCGUACAGAAGUGCGCAUAUGAAUCGUUGCAGGCGUUCGAGAUGGACGUUGAGAGCGUGGCUGCAGACAUCUCGGCCCGCAGUGGUGCCUCUGACGCGCCUGCAACCCUCGAGGAAAAAAAACUGCAGGCAAAGGUGCUCGCCUUCCAGAAGGUCGUCAAAAGCCUCGUAGAGCGUGAAGAGGCUCGAAGCGUGCAUGCAGAGCAGGACCAAGCAUCCAUUGUUGCUGCCGCUGAGGCGGUCACGCUCGAGGAUGCACUCGUGCACAUCAAGGAGGAAGAUGAGGAGCAUGCGAAGGAGCCGACUAGUCGAACUGUCUUGACGCUGUUCGGCACCGCACAAGGCCCGAAACAGCUCUUCUCGAGUCUGCAACAGCCACGCAAGAUUGCGCCGGCAGACGGGAUACCUUCUUUCGACGCAUCAGUCAGGGUGACCUUGCCCCUGCGAGAGACUACCCUGCCGCAGAACAUCCAGACUACCGAGGUAUUCCCUCUUCUCGAUCAGACAGACGAGAAGAAAAAGAAGGUUACGACCAUCGGCGAAGUAUUCCGAGCGCCUGCCCACCUGCCACACAUCAGUCCUCCCAAGAUUGCAAGGCCCACUACGAGCAAAGGCAACACCAUCACGUUCGCGCACCCAGAACCGACCAAACCGAAGCGCAAGGGAUCACAAUCGUACGCACAUCAGGGCCUGUCCGCUGGUUUCUGGCUGGGAUAUGGAGGCAUUGACGCGCCAAAGGAUCAGACGUCACCAACGGCAAGGCAAAAGAGCAGACAGCGUGCGCUCAGCACUGGCGAAGCCCAGCAACCGCCAUCUGAGGCGAUUCUUGUGGCAGUCCAGCAGGCCAAAGAAGAUGCAUUGUUCCGCAGCGCGUACUCUAGCUUUGCCCCUACCCGCGACGAUGCAAAUGCCAUCGUCCCUGAGGAGACAAAGAACAGGGUGUGGUGGCAGAAGGUCGGCGAGAAGCGUUUCAACGAGGUUUUCCCCAUCGAUCCACAGCUGCUAGAUGCCGACGAGCUUGUCGAGGGCCAGGCCAAUGGCGCUGCUGGCGAAGAAGAGGACUUCAAAGAUGCCGUGGAGAAGUUCGUGCCCGUUGAGAGUAACAUCUUCACUGAGGAAAAGAGUGAGCACGACAAGGAUAUAGAUGAGAUUCUUAAGGAUGUUUCAGAGCUUAUCGAGACUCUAGCAUCGCACCAAAGGAUACGCAACUCGUCGUUGACGACGAAUUCCAGGACGCCAGUGGUGCAAAACUCGUCUCUUGCCCAGUUGGUUGGUAGCCCUUCAACUCCGUCCACUGAUGAGAUCGACGUCUACCAGAUUCUCAAGUCUCAGCUCACCUUGAUGAUCUCGCAACUACCGCCGUACGCUGUCGCAAAAUUGAACGGAGACCAACUGGAGGAGCUCAACAUUAGUCGAACGAUCCUCUUCGACACCAAGGAGUACAAUGGAGUCAUGGAGGAAGAUCAGCUGUCCAGACUUGCAACGGCACCCGCUGUGGCCGCUGUCCCACCUCCAGCGCUUACUCGAGCGAGCUCCAGCUCACAGUCCCUGUACCCAGUCGGCGGCACACAGUACGCGCGACCACCAUCGUCUGCUCGUCCUGUGCAGGCAGCACCAGCAUAUCACUCGCAGCGAUCGGCGUCGAUACAGUACCAGCGCUCGCCAUCUGGAACAGCUCAGGGCUUCCAAGUUGGUGCAGGAUCGUUCGCUCCUUCCUCGCGGUCGGGCUACGCUGCAACACCAAGCCACAAUUUGCAGACCCCAAGACCAGGUGGUCAAUACUACCAGCAACGCCCUUCGCAGUCGGGUAGCUAUGGUGGUGCUGCAAACUCACAAUUCUAUCAAGGCACACCGCAGACACAAGGCCAGAACCGCUACACAGCUCAGCAGUCCCAGAAUGGCUAUUACCAGCGGUCGACGAAUGUAGCACCCAUGUACGGUACGCCACAAGCACGCACAGGGUCGCCAAUGAAGCCGGGUGCACCAGCAACGCCCUCAGGUUAUGGCACGCGGACUGGAUACGCACCCACAGGAGGUCAGAUGGCAAGCACAUACUAUGGGCCAUCCCAAUACGGCACCCCUCAAGCUCCUGUUACACGGACAGGCUACACCACCCUUUCCAGCAACCCUCAACAGAUGAUACUUGAUAGGCAACAGGCACAGGUGGCAGCGCAGUCGCAGGCGCGCCUUGCGGCACAGAACAGCUUCAGCAGCAGGCAGGGCUCUGGCACACCGCAGCCACCGAACGGCUCCUACGGCGCACCAAACGGUACCUCAAUGUCGACAUGAGGCAUGACAGAAGCUACAAGGUGUUUGGGAAGGGAUGGUUUGGAUACACAGAUCACAUCAGGCGUUGGGGGUAGGCGGCGAGGUAUGCCGCAUGGUUACAUGUCCUCAGCGAGGCUGCAUGUCUCCAAUGGACAUUGUACCAAUGUCAGCUGUUAUGGAGCGUGGCUCACAGCUUUCCACGGAAGUUAGAUGUAAUAGUAUUAUAACAACAUCGAUAGCACGCU